CUUCCGCCACACUCAACAUGGCGGCAAGGCCAACCCUCCCGAGGUAGUUGAGCAGGUCACAAGUGGCGCGUUCCAGUCAUGGCGGCCCCCAGCCCCACCAUGGGCAGCAAAGCACUGGAAACGUGCGGUCUGGAGAGGAUUUUGGAAGCGUUGAAAUUGCUGCUGAGCCCGGGAGGAUCAGGCUCAAGUUCAUUACAGAUCACAAAGCAUGAUGUUCUCUUGGCUACUUUAAAAUCUAAUCUGACUGCCUUGGAGGACAAGUUCCUGAAGGAUCCUCACUGGGAGAAAUUGAAACUGCUAAGGGAUGAAAUUGCUAGUAAGGCAGAAUGGCCACAAAAGUCUGUGGAUGUCACCUGGAAUUUUACCUCUCAAGCCUUCUUGUUGUUGUUAUGUUUGAAGGAAACCAUGAUCCAGCUUGCAGCUGACUUCGAACCAGGGAAACCCAAUCCUAGGACUCCAGAAGCUGCUCCAGCCCUGAGCCCUGAUACACUAAGCAUCUCACAGCAGAAGACCGUCCAGUCUGUUUUGCAGUUUGUGGUCACCUUGGGUGUCUGUCCCUAUCUCAUGCCUGGUGUUGGAGUCCCAUUGAGAUACAGGACUGAGUUUUGUGCUGUUGUUCAGGAUGUAGUGAGCCUUGAUGCUGCCCCUGCUACAACUCGGAGACUGUACGCCAGCUGCAAGGUCCUCCUCAGCGUGGCUCAGCAUGCAUCUCUUGGGAGCUUGAUUUUCUGCCGCCAUUUUGGGGAUAUUGCAGCAGGUCUUUGCCAACUGGGAUUCUGCCCAGUCAACAGGAAAACACCAAAGCCUGAGGAAGAGGUGUUAACUGAAGAAGAAAGAGUCCUAUCUAAGGAGGCCUUGCAAGACAUCUUGAAUCAAGUGUAUCAACCAUUAGCAGUCCGAGAGUUACUUAUCCUGCAGGGAGGACCACUCCAGUCCAGCUCAGGUAUGAAGACCCAAGAUAGGUGUCGGACCCCAGCUUGGCUUCGGCGGCUGUGUGGGCAGUUGCUGUCUGAACGGCUGAUGAGACCCAGUGGUGUGCAGGCAGUAGUCCGGGGGAUUUUGGAAGGAGCAGGAGCGGGAACGGCUGGCGGGAGUGAUGCAGAGGCAACAGCUGCGGACUGGAAGAAGUGUGACCUGAUUGCAAGAAUUCUGGCCUCUUGUCCACAACAGUCUCUUUCACCAGAGAGUUACUAUCAAGAUAUCUGCCCGCAGAUUCUGGAUUUAUUUCACUUUCAAGAUAAAUUGACUGCACGCCAGUUUCAGAGAGUUGCCACUACUACCUUUAUCACUAUGUCAAGAGAGCACCCUCAGUUGGCAGCAAAAUAUUUGCUUCAGCCAUUGCUGGCUCCUCUUCUCAGAUGUUUAAAUACAACAGAGAUUCCAGAGAGUGACUUGUUGCCAGGAACCAUUUUGGUAACAGAAGAAGAACUUAACAGAUGUAUUGAGGAUGUGUUUAAGGUGUACGUGGUCAGCAAUGAACCUGUAACAGUUUUGAUGGAUUCCCUGUUCCCAGUCCUGGGUGUGCUCUUUUCUCUCUAUUGUUUCACUAAACAGAGUGUGUCUCACCUCAGGUCACUAUGCCAAGAGAUCUUAUUAUGGAUUCUGGGGAAGCUGGAGAGGAAGAAGGCAAUUGCCAGCCUGAAAGGAUUUUCAGGGUUAGACAAUUCUAUGCCCUCUCUACAUUCCCUGUGUCAGUUUAAAGCUGCCACUCAGGGCGGCAUUUUGAUUACCGUCAAAGAGGCCAUUUGUGUUGAAGAUGAAGAUGAAGAUGAAGCUUUGUACCAGAAGGUGUCCUCAGAGCAGUGCCAGGUAGAACAUCUUGGCGAUUUGCUAUCCCACUGCCAAGAGUGUGGUUUGGCAGGUGACUUCUUCAUCCUCUGCUUGAAGGAGUUGACUCAAGUGGCUGUGGAAAAUGAAGCAGAGUCUAAAACUAAGCCUUUCUCCAGCAAAAGCCUCUUGGAACUAGAGCUGCACCAAACACUUCUUGUGGAAAAUCAGGAGCAGAAGCUGCUGGUCCUCCAGCUGAUAACUGUUUUGUGUGAGAGAAUGUCUGAGCAGAUAUUCACAAACAUCACUCAGGUUGUCGACUUUGUAGCAGCGACACUGCAGCGAGCAUGUGCCAGCUUAGCCCAUCAGGCAAAGAGCACAGUGGAAUCACAGACGCUGAGUAUGUCCAUGGGGCUGGUGGCUGUCAUGCUGGGAGGAGCUGUUCAGCUGAAGUCAAGUGAUUUUGCUGUCCUGAAGCAGUUGCUGCCUCUCUUGGAGAAGGUCUCUAACACAUACCCUGAUCCUGUCAUCCAAGAGCUCGCCGUCGAUCUCCGCAUCACCAUCUCUACCCAUGGGGCUUUUUCUACUGAGGCUGUUAGUGUAGCUGCCCAAAGUACCCUGAACAAAAAGGGUGCAGAAGCGCAACAACAAACCAGUCAUGACAGAUGCUCUGAUAAAUCUCAGAGGCACCUUGAGCAGCAACAAAACCACCAGAAAGCCAGUCCAGCAGGCCUGAAGUCUAGUGCUAUAUUCACUGCUCAGGAGGCGGCUACACCCAGCCCCCCUGCAAAACAGAAGUCUAGAAGCAUAAGCACACAACAGCUCCAAGAUGUACUUUUAUCAGCUUAUGAUCCUCAGAUUCCAACACGGGCUGCUGCCCUACGAACUCUUUCCCGCUGGAUAGAACAGAGAGAAACAACAAUCCUUGGCAUGCAAGAGAAGCUUCUCAAGGUCUUCUUGGAGAACUUGGAACAUGAAGACACCUUUGUAUACCUGUCUGCUAUUCAGGGGGUUGCCUUGCUCUCAGAAGUCUACCCUGAGAAAAUCCUGGAGAGCCUGUUGGCUCAGUAUGACAGUGGUAAAGACAAGCACACAGCGGAGACCAAAAUGAAAGUAGGGGAAGUACUGAUGCGAGUCACCAGGGCUUUGGGGGAUAUGGUCGCAAGGUACCGAGAACCUUUGAUCCACACUUUCCUGAGGGGAGCCAGAGAUCCAGACAGUGCUCACAGGGCCAGCAGCUUAUCUAAUCUUGGGGAACUGUGUCAGAGACUGGACUUUCUGUUGGGCUCCGUGGUCCAUGAGGUAACAGCUUGCCUGAUUGCUGUAGCUAAAACAGACCCUGAAGUUCAAGUGCGCAGAGCUGCCAUUCAUGUAAUUGUGCUGCUGCUUCGGGGCCUCAGCCAGAAAGCUACUGAGGUGCUGAGGGACGUCCUCAAGGAUCUCUACCACCUUCUGAAGCAGGUGGUGCGUUUUGAGCCAGAUGAUGUGGCCAAGCUCCAUGCCCAGCUUGCCCUAGAAGAGCUUGAUGAAAUCAUGAGAAAUUUUCUAUUCCCAGCCCAGAAGCUGGAGAAAAAGAUUGUGGUCCUGCCAUAGACCUGACUCAAAGAAAUACUGAGGAGGCAGAUGGACCAACCAGCCCAGGCUGUGCCCACGUCUUCCAGCAGGUGGAUCCACUACAUCCUUGAUGCUGGCAGUAUGGCUGCGACUGGAGGUGGCUCCAUUUGUAUCUGGUUGUGUCUUCAAGCUCAACUCCUUAAAAGAUUUCUUUAGUCCUCUUGCAUCCAGCUUUAAGUGUGUGCUAUCAAAGAAAAAAGAUUACAGAUAUUAACCUGCACAUUUUUCAUGUCCCGUAGCAUUUAAAGAAAGACAUUUGCCUGAUGACAUCUGAUUAGUUGACCUGAGACUUGAGCAGAAAAGGUUGAUCACCCACCAUAUGUUACAAACCCUAAUAUUCUUUGGUGGUGAAAUGAUUUUUCUUUGGAAUAAGGUGGAACAGCCAGAGCUAGUCAUCCUUAGCUGCUCAAAAGGCAUUUCAGAGUAUGAAGAUAUAGUUGGAGGCAAGGAGGGACAGGAAAUUGUUGUCAAACAUGCAAAAUGGAAUAAAAGUGUCUUCGAUGGGAAGAGUAACAA